AUGCGAGUUAUCGGCGAAGCCCAGCAGCAGUGGGCACCUCUGCGGCGAAAAUACAAUCUCUUCACCUAUCACCAGUCGCCAAACAUGGAAACAGACAUGGGAACCAGUGAUGUCUCGAUAGCUGACUCUGGUUUGUCACCAGCACAGCAGAUGCAACUAGUCGACCAAAACCAGGGCCAAUUCAACCAAUUUGCCUACGUUGAUGAGCCCUUUCUUUCAUGGGAUUUCUCCUUAAAAUCAGCAGAUGCUCAAACAAUCGGAUCCGUCAAUCGCAAUUUCGCAGGCUUCGCUCGCGAAAUUUUCACAGACACUGGUGUCUACGCCAUGCGAAUGGAUUCCGCAGCUCUCUGCAGCGAGACGUCACACAACAACAAAACCUUAGGCAUGACCCUCGACCAACGUGCUGUUAUGUUGGCUACAGCUGUAAGUAUUGAUUUUGAUUACUUCAGCCGCCAACACGGCCAUGGUGCAUUUGGCUUUCCGCCGUAUGGUUUCGGCAUGGGCGGCCAGGCUCCCGCUGGCGGUGCAGCUGCAGAAGGCGCUGCCGCCAGUGAGGUUGCGGCUGCUGGUGGAGUCGCUGCAGAAACUCUAGAGCGAGUUGGAACUGCCGGUGGUGCGCCCAAUGGUAUGGUUUCAGGUGCUACCACCGCAGGUGCAAUGGCUGGGUAUGAAGCAAUGCAGAGAGCCAACACGGCCGAUCCAAAUGCUUCAGUGUCGGAGCCGGUGAAACCAGACUCACACGGCUUCCAGGAUGGACCUCAAGAUCCUUGGGGUGAAGAUGGUUCUUGGGGUGACGAGGGAGGUGACAUUGGUGAUGGGGAGGAGGGGGGUGAUUAUUUUGACUGGUGA